UACCACAAGAAUCAUGAUCUUUCUAUUUUUUUUUCCUAUUUCUUAACCCAAAAAAGUCCUUCAUAAAUUCACACACUAGGGUUAGGGUUAGUCACUAGCAAAUAAGACACUUGUAUAUAUAUAUAUAUAUAUAUAUAGCUACCUAGAACCAUCACUAUAAUCUUCAAGUAUAGGGAUUUUGAAAGGAUGAAGAAGAGACAAGUUGUGGCUAAAACAUCAUCUUCAAUUACAAGAAAUAUUAGAUAUGGUGAGUGUCAAAAGAAUCAUGCAGCAAAUAUUGGAGGGUAUGCUGUAGAUGGUUGCAGAGAGUUCAUGGCGAGUACCGGAGAAGGAACAAGUGGGGCUCUUACAUGUGCUGCUUGUGGUUGUCAUAGGAACUUUCAUAGAAGAGAAGUGCAAACUGAAGUUGUUUGUGAGUACUCUCCACCUAAUUAUAGUCGAUGAUAUCAUUCAUCGAACACAUGAACGAAAUUUGACAUCUUUAUUUUCAUCAAUUUUUUCUUAGAUCCGUGCAAGAUUGCACGGAAUCUUUACCGGUUCACUUACAAGAAAGGUCAAAAAUUGCAAUAAACAAGAAAAGGAAAAUAGAUUGCAGAGAGUGUGUAUAACUGAUUGAUUUUCAUUUCAAUUUGAUUCUUGUAAAAAGUUUUCAAACUUCAGGAUUUGUGUUUUGGUAUGUCAUAUAUAGAUCCAGGAUUUCUUUUCUUCUUUCCUCUUCAAUUCAUUUGAUUUCCUUUCUUUUCAGUGGAAUAUUAAUUUAUUAAUCAGAUGUGUUUGGUUUGUUUGUUACUGCUUAAGUGUAUAUAUUUGAUCUGGGAAUAAAAACCUUACUUUAUUGGUAAUUGUAUUGUUCUUGAUUAACUAUUAAGGUUUCCAAUUUUAUUUUUUUUCGAGUGGCGUAUAAUCCAACUAAAAGAAAUAAGUAUAUAAGGUUACCUCAAUUUUGACAUUACACCUCAAAGGAGUUUGAGGAAUCGAAUUGUAUUUCCAAGUUACAAAGUUGAUCACGAUGCUUUAAAUUCCCUAAUAAAAACUGCUCUUUGGGUUGGUUCAGUUGCACGGGCUGAGAUCCUUUCCAUUUCUACGAGGGAAGGAGCUCAGGGUACAAUUUUAAUAUCGGUAUAGUAACUCUAUGAGUUGUAUGGGAGUUUUAUAAAUCUUGUUUGUUGUAAUGGGUUGGAGUACUCCCUUUCGAUGUGAGAGUGCAUUGAAAAAAGCAAUCGUUGUAUCAAAUGAUCAAAUUACUUAUUCA